UUCCAAUCGGAGUCUGAGCGAGGGGCAUUGCCUUCAGCUCUCAGCUCUGGCAUCAGAGCUUGUUGUUGUGGUUACCGACUCUCGAGUGCUCUGGGGUGUUGCCCAAAUUGUUGCCAAUAUCCCCAGCUCUACCUCGUCUGCCACUGGUCACCAUGGCAGCGCCUCUUGGCCCUCAGUCUGAUCCAAGGGCAGAAAUCAGCCUCCUGGAAAUCAACCAGAUUGAGAGGGAACCUGGGCACAGGCUCUGCUUCCUGAGCCCACAGAGGCCACCAUUUGAUACCCAGUGGGUGUAAAGAGCUCACCGACAUCAUCGGACCCGUGCUGGGGGACAAGCUGCAGUUGGAGGAGGGGAAGCGGACAGAGGUGUUCGCUGAGCAGCUCAGGCAAUGUCAUAUCCUAAUUAAAGAUCAUGCUAAAGAGCUGACCCGGUUGUAUCAAAAGUUACGGGGAGGGACAGAUAUUUCUGAACGCCUCAAUGAGCACCUCGAGGACCGCCUCACCCACCAUGACCCUGAGCAUUCUCGAGGGCAGGGUUUCCAAGAGCAGCUGCCUGAGGGAGGCAGGCUGGCCAAGCGCCUUGCCCGAAAGCUCAGUUCAGAAAAUUAUGACGAUGAGGAGGAUGAAGAAAAACAAGAAACACUCACCCCCAGGUGACCAUGAGUAUUCAGGCACCGGUAAUGUGUGGGUAAAAAUGGACAGGGCAAGGAUGCCUGGGUGGCUCAGUGGUUUGGCGUGAUCCCGCUGUCCCGGGAUCGAGUUCUGCACUGGGCUCCCCACGGGGAGCCUGCUUCUCUCUCUGCCUGUUUCUCUGCCUCUCUUUCUGUGACUCUCAUGAAUAAAUAAAUAGCAUCUUUUUUUUAAAAAAAUGCACAGGGCCUCCGAAAGGACUCUAAGUGAAGUCUAGAGAGUCUCGCGUGCCAGAUGCAAGAAGCAAAACUAGACAUGGAAACAAUGGAUGGCCCCGUUAACUUGGUCGUCUGUUGUCUCUGUGGUACUUGUAAGAUCAAGAUGAAUUCACUAGCCUUAAGAUGCCCUGUAGCUACAAAAUACCCAUUCUUUCCUGUAAAUGAACACGAGGAAGAGGUGCAUAUCUAUUUCCUACACAAUUCUCUAAGGUCCUUGGUGGGCAGGUGAGUAGCAAAGGAAUUGGUAAGCAGACAACCGGCAAAAUGAAAAACCAAGAGAAGCACUUAACCCAAACUUGCAGUGUCAUGUGACACUAUUAAUACCAUGGUGCCUAGAAGGCACAAAUUUCUCCAGUCUGCGAGGACUCCAGAGCUGUAGCCGCCUGAUCAAUCUAUGUUAAAGCCCACACAACCCAGGCACGUGGUGGUUGCCCCUGGCCUGGUCUCCAUCUCUGCUUCACGUUGGGACUGUACCAUACUGGGAUGGCUGGCUCUCAUUCCUAGUCAGUCCCUCGGUGACCGGUGCACUGAGUAUCUGCUGCGCUGCUCUGCCAUCCCUUGGCAGCCACAUUCUGUCUCUUACUGGAUGGAUCGCUUCCUCCCUCUCAAGGCAAUGCCCCCCUCACCGCCCCCGCUACGCUUCUUGUGACCACUCCCUGUAACUCCACUCAAAACCACUUAGGAAGCCAUGGUGUGGGAUCCUCUUGGUCCGAUCUUCUGUCAUUCCUGUCCUACCUCCCACAGCCUGGAGCAGCAGGAAGUUGAAAAGAAGGGGAUCCUCCAGGACCCACCGGAUGAAUGUGUUUUGACUCCUUCAAUUCUCCAAGACGGGAGUGAGAGCCACCAGGCUUCAUAAUGAUUAUUGGGAGGAAGAAGACCAAGGCCAGAUAUGCCCCCAGUACUCCCUGGAACACGAGGCUCCACAGGGAGCUGCCAGUGGCAGAAGAGAAUGAAGUCCCACAGGACUCACUGGAUGAAUCUUAUUGGACUCCUUCAGUUGGCCAUGACCUGCCAGACGCCUGCAGGCCUUAUACAAGUGCCUCAUUCACAUCUGAUAAGCAGGAACUCUUCUUGGGUCUUGAUGUGGACGCUCCCAUGCAGGUGCCCUGUCACCGGGGGCUAUUGAGGGGAAACUUGACUUUCCUAAGGGCAGAGGUGCAAACUGCAAGAGCACAGCCACAGCCCAGCACCAAGGAGGCCAAUUCUCUGCAGUUGCAGCUGGGCCAGCAGUUGGAUCGUGGUGACAACAGAGCCAGGCUCGACCUCUCCCCCACCAUCUGGAGCCUGGCAGCCAAGAUGGGUUCUGGGGACCAAAGGCCACUCUCCCAAGAGCUGGGUUUGGAUGCAUCCGUGGGCAUGACAAACCACACUCUCAAGCUGGAAGGUGAAACUGCUGAGGGCUCGGUGGCCAGUCAGUGUGAGUGUCAAGUCUUUGACCCCAUGAAGGCCCCAGGUGUCACGAAACACAAGAUUAUCAAGAGGAAACUGCAGUUCAUUCAGGGGCAACUUGCAUGCAGAUUUCCCGCCUUCAAGCUUAGGGCGCAGAGAUACCAAGUACCUCAGGAAAUAGGAGAAGAGAUUCCUCAUGUGAAUGAAAUCCUACCAUAGAACCCCAUCAUUUUCCACUUGAUGAAAAGAAAUCUAAAACAGUGCAGCAAGGAAAAGCCCCAACAGAGCACGGAAGGGAUCCUUUGCUGAGAAUCAACAUCACAACCACAAGCCACUCUGUGAUUUUGACUGCAACACACGGUUUGACGAGAGAAAUUCUAGCCCUUCAGCCUCCACUCGUGAUAAAUCGCCAAGGAGACCAAUGCCUGACUGGAUCACGUGCAGGUUUGAGAGACCUUAAGUCUUGCUCCUCUCAAUUCCAUCCCGCGAUGAACCCGAGGACUCGGGAGCAACGUGGAAAAAGAGCACGUGUCAAACUGGACAUUCUGGGCCAACAGAUGGGCUGUGCUAGGAGCAGACAGCAUUAACUGUGCAGUGUUCCGGCCGCAAAGGGUUAGCCUGAAUUUGAGCACAAGGUAGGCAUCAGUCAACUUCAGGAUGUAGACCAUCGAACAAGACGCCUGUCUUUCUUCAAACAGUCAUUGUCACCACAAAUAAGAGACGACAAAAAGGAGAAGAGAUCUUUUGGGUUCCAAAGGACUAAAAAAGUGUGUCACUGUUUAGUCCUUUCAAGCCCAAGACAUCUCCUCACCUUUAGGUGGCUGUCUCUGGUGGUGGUGACAUUUCCUUGUUUGUAGGGGACAGGUCAGAUAUCCGUCUUAAUGGUCUACAUCCUGAAGUUGUCUGAUCCUGAUUAGGAUCAGGAAAUUAAAUUCCUCCUGAUUAAAUUCAGCCUAACCCUUUCGCCAGGGCACUCCAUAGUUAAGGCUGUGUGUGUCCCAGCUCAGCCCACCCGGAGACCGAGAGCGCCAGUUUGCCCGUCACCGUUCUUGCGAGAGCAGCAUGGGUCACGUGCUAUGGAGGGGCCCGAAGAUCUGUUCACAGGAACACAUGGUUUUCUCUCUAAAACUAGUAAUGUGGUGAGUGGAGCUCUGAGAAUGUAUGAAGAUCCUUUUCUGCAAAGUUUUUCUCUGAAAUGUUGUCAUCCUGUGAUGAUCCCUGUGGUGUGUCAUCACCGCAUCCGUGUGUGUACAUUGGAAGGAUUCUAGCUUUAUCAUUCCUGUACAACGUGUAUUGGCUGGCAUUGUGCCGUGGAACACACUCCCUCCCCGCUCUACAUCAUUAGAGUUUUGGUUUUGGCGAUCACUGUGGCCUUGUGAAUUUUUGUAUUCGAUGCUCUAAUCCCUCACUCUCCUGGUUGAUUUGGUGGAUAUGGAUAUAAAGUGAUGUAAAUAUUCUGGGAUUUCAUCAUAUUUAAUGCAAAGUCUUCAUCUCUUGUAGGCUAUACUUACUCGAUGGGGAAAAAAUUCUGACCAUGUUCCUCUCUCUGUGGUAUUUUCUGUUUUCUGUGAGGGCACGUAUGUCGGCCUACAUGUGCCUUUGGUGUUUAGGAAGCUUGUCAUAGGCAGGGCCGAACAUUGCACCAACCGUUCUUGGACACGUUGGGUUCCGUAUUAAUUUGUCAUCCUUUUCACAUCCAGUCUCUAAGUUUUAAGUGAUCUCUCAACCUCAAAGUUUUGACAUUACUCUGUUUUCUCUUUUCUCUUGUCUUAACCUGCACUCUUAUUGUAUUGUUUCCACCCAGUAAACAGAUGCCAUUUACAUCCUAUUUUUCUCACCUGCUCCAUUUCCAGAUUUUUGUUUUAGAUCCGCACUUAAGUUUCUUUAAUGGUCACCAUCUGUUCGAAAGUCAAAAUGUCCCCAGUCCUCUCUCCUUGGGUGAAAUCUUUAAAUGACUCCUAGUGAUGGAAUGGGGACUCCCUGAGUGUUGCUGGAAUUAAAAUUUUUUAAAAUUGAAGAACAAUUUUAAAAAGAUGAAACAUUGCUUUGUAGAUUUCAUUGACUUGACUUCAUGUCAUUGGCCUGUGGUUGUCUUCCUCUACCCAAACAUGGGCAGUUCAAGGUCAUGGGUCAGUGGUGCUUGAUGUCCACGGUGGAUGUGUCCGUGCUGUUGAGUGACAUAGAAGCUGAGGUUGAGAAGGCA